AUGUCCAACGCAUCGACAACUGUUCCCACUUUAGCCUACUUCCCGACCAGAGGUUUGGCUCAACCCAUACGUCUAUUGUUGAAAUACACGGGAACUCCGUUUGACGACAAACGCUACGAAUUGGGACCCGACGUCCCAAACCUGCUCCAGAAUUUCCGCAAAGAGAAGUUCACAUUAGGACUGGACUUCCCUUCCGUUCCCUACUAUCUCGACGGCAACGUAAAGCUCACGCAAAGCAUAGCUAUACUAAGAUAUUUAGGCCGUAAGUACGGGUUAGUGGCCGGGGAUGAGGCGGGACUCGUGCGCCAGGAUUUGGUCGAACAGCAGAUCCAAGACAUAAAACAAUCAUUUUUUGAGAUAAUAUUCAAAAAAGAAGAUUUUGAGUCCAAAAAAGACAGUUAUAUCGCCGAAACACUACCACAACAAUUGGAUCAGUUGUCGAAGUUCUUAGGCAGUCAUCAGUGGUUUGCGGGACAGACACUAACUUACGUCGACUUCCUGGCCUACGAGGUGAUCGAUUGGCUCCGACUGUUUAGCGCCGACACCGUCAAGAAGUACCACAAUUUGGGUGAAUAUUUGGAUCGAUUCGAGAAUUUGCCACAAAUUAAGGCUUAUAUGAAAUCCAAGAACUUUAUAAGUUGGCCAAUCGGGGGACCACAGGCUUACUGGGGGUUCAACAAGGCAAUUAAUUAA